AUGUCGCAGUCGAAGAAGGCGACCUGGCGGUGCGACGCACUCGGAUCGCCUAUGCAGGAAGCUGGCGUGGCCCUGCCUGGCGGCAUAGUGCCUGUGCCAGUGGCAGUUCCAGUGCCGGUCCCCACCCUGCCGGUCGUCGUGCGGAACGGGCCGGGCGGCCCGCCGGGCACCUUCCACGUGGGCGAGUGCUCCCCGUCGGUGGACAGGCCGUGCGGGCAGUUCUGGCCCUCCCCGCUGAGCCCGGUGUGCAUUGCGCCAGUUCCGCCAAGUCCGAUGCCAGCCACCCCGUACAAGUCCAUGAUCCUCAGCACGUCUCCCAACGGCAAAG